AGCUGGCAGUAGGCAACGAAUGUAGUCUGUAGUCUGUGUAAGUUUACAUCACUGUUCUCUUGUAGAAAUAAUGUAUUUUUCGAGUCGAAUGUAUAAUUUAAAAUAACGGAAAAAAUUUUCAAAUUUAAAUUUUGUCUUUAGUUAAAAACUUAACUGUUGGCGUUUAAAGCUUUUAGGGGGCAGCAAUUGAACUUUUUGAUAGCCCUUUCUAAACUAUUUAUACCCGUCAAUCGUAGAGUAAAAGGGUAUGCUAGGUUCGUUAAAAAAUAUAUAACAGGUUGAAGGAAGCCCUGCACGCAGAAAACAAAACCUCAGAAAAGUAAAUAAUAAGGAUUACUACAACUUUAAAGAAUAAUUAGAAUUCAAGGUGACGUUUCCGUUUACACGUUUAAUACCAAUCAUGCCCGACUUUAAUUUCAUUAUUAGACUUCCCUGAGGCUUUUGUAGCUAUGGACAUUCGAUGAGUUCUACAUUUUUAAUGAUUUUGAGUAACGCCCAUCCAAUUUGUAUAAUUAUUUGUGUCUUCUAUCGAGUUGCACAAUAACCACAACUUAUAGCAAAUUAUUCCGAAGGAACCAUAUAAUUUGGGCAGCCUAAUUGAGACCCGAUAGCCAUUGCAAAUGCAUAAAAAGCGUUGGAUACGGCUCCUCUUUAAACAGUACAGGAUUCAUUUAUUCGGAAUGCAGGAGCAACUGGAUCAGGAGCUGGAGCGGAUCGACAUGCUGCCAAAACUGGGGCUUCAGUGGGUGGAGUACAGCGCCUACGCACUGGGUGUUAAUAUUGCACCGAGGAAGCGCAGCUCCAAAUACUGCCGAUUAACUCGCAUUGCGGUAUUGAUUGUGAACCUGAGUAUCAUCUACAGUCUCGUCGCCUUCAUCGUGGAAAACUAUAUGAUCUCUUUCGAGACCUACGUUGAGGCGGUUUUACUUACUUUUCAAUUGAGCGUUGGAGUGGUAAAGAUGUUUCACUUUCAGAGCAAAGUGGAAUCGUGUUCCCAAUUGGUGUUUUCAACAGAGACAGGGGAGGUAUUAAAGUCCCUGGGGCUUUCUAGCUUGGAAUUACCGAGGAAAAAGAAACUUCUGAGCUCAGUUAGUUUGAUUUUGCUUAACAAUUGGAUGAUCAUCGAUCGCCAGGUCAUGUUCUUCUUUAAGAUCGUUUGCAUGCCAGUUCUAUACUAUUGUGGACGACCUUACUUUCAAUAUAUCUUCGAUUGUUAUAUAAAGGAUAAGGAUACCUGUGAAAUGACCUUAACUUACCCGGCAAUUGUUCCUUAUUUGCAAUUGGGAAAAUAUGAGUUACCCUCCUAUGUGAUUCGUUUUGUUUUACUUCAAUCUGGUCCUCUUUGGUGCUUUUUUGCCGUUUUCGGAUUUAACAGCCUUUUCGUGGUCCUUACUAGAUAUGAGUCUGGCUUGAUAAAGGUUCUACGCUUUCUGGUUCAAAAUUCUACCUCCGAUAUCCUGGUUCCCAAAGAACAGAGAGUUAAAUAUCUUCAAUGCUGCGUAAGGCUUUUCGCUCGCAUUUCCAGCCAUCACAAUCAAAUUGAAAACCUUUUCAAGUAUAUCAUCCUGGUUCAGUGCUCCGUAAGCAGUAUUUUGAUUUGCAUGCUGCUUUACAAGAUCAGCACAGUAUUGGAAGUUGGCUGGGUGUGGAUGGGCAUGAUUAUGGUUUACUUUGUGACCAUAGCUCUGGAGAUCACUCUGUACAACGUGAGUGCACAGAAGGUGGAGAGCCAGAGUGAACUAUUGUUCCAAGAUUGGUACAACUGUGGUUGGUACAAUGAGUCUAGGGAAUUCAAGUUCAUGAUCAAAAUGAUGCUGCUCUUUUCACGUCGAACUUUUGUGUUAAGCGUGGGUGGCUUUACAAGUCUCUCCCACAAAUUCCUAGUGCAGGUCUUUCGGUUGAGUGCAAACUUCUUUCUGCUCCUACGCAACAUGAACAAUAAAUAGGUUGUUGAACCUCUGCACGGAACGCACGCGGGACUACAUAGUUUUUGCUAUAAGGAUUAAAUAUUAUUAGUGUUUCCCAGUUAUUCAAAUAGAGUCGAAUAUUUUUGUUCAUAAAAA